AUGGCACCCGAAUUGAGAAAAAGAAAAUCUUCCAGCGACGUCGCUAAGAAGCCCGCCAGCUCUACCAAGGCCGCUCCCAAGCGCAAAGCUGCCGAGGAUGCUUCUCCCGCUGCCGUAAAGAAGUCCAAGCCUGUCAAGGCCGCCGCCGAACCCGCAAAGAAGAAGAAGGCUGCCCCUGCCAAGAAGGAAGAGCUUGUCGAGGACGAGGAGGACGAGGAGGACGAGGAGAACGACGAUGCUGUGAACCUUGCCACCGAGAUUGAUGGCGAGGAGGAUCAGGUUACCGAGGGCGAGUCUCUAUUCAAGGAAGGCCAGGAUGUCGGCAAGAUCCCCGAGGUCUCCAAGAAGGUCAAGGACAACGCCAAGGCCAAGUUCACGGGCGAGCCUGGAGUUAUCUACAUUGGCCGCAUUCCCCACGGUUUCUACGAGCACGAAAUGCGUCAAUACUUUACCCAGUUCGGCGAGAUCUCCCGCCUGAGACUGUCUCGCAACAAAAAGACUGGUGCCAGUAAGCACUUUGCUUUUGUCGAGUUUACCGAAGAGGCCACUGCCGAAGUCGUCGCCAAGACCAUGGACAACUACCUCCUGUUUGGCCAUAUUCUCAAGUGCAAGGUCGUUCCCAAGGCUCAGGUUCACGAAAACUUGUUCAAGGGAGCUAACCAGCGCUUCAAGAAGGUCCCAUGGAACCGCAUGGCCGGCAAGAAGCUCGAGAAGCCCAAGACCGAGGCUGCCUGGGAGUCCAAGAUUCAGCGCGAGAAGAACAAGCGUGCCAAGAAUGCUGAGAAGCUCAAGGCUCUAGGCUACGACUUUGAGGCACCUGAGCUCAAGGCUGCACCUGCUCCUGGCGCCAAGGGCGAGGAGGAAGAGCCCAAGGAGGAGCCCAAGGCCAUUGAAGCUGCGCCUGCAAAGGAGACUCCUUCUAAGAAGGCUACCAAGGCCACAGAGAAGACCAAGUCUCCGGCGGCAAAGACAGCGGCCCCCAAGAAGGGAGCUAAGAAGGCCAAGGCAUAAUGGGCGGGCAGGUUGAAGCGAUUUUAGAUACGAUUGGGUUACACGGCGUCACUGUAUAGGAUUUACAUUUUCAUUGUUUUUCAUGUCACAAUAAAAGCGUAUCAGAUUCUGAUUUUGUGUCGAAAGCAGCCAGCAAUGGUCGGGAUAGUGAAGCUAAGAAACUGCGUGAUAUGGACCAAAUGUAUGCACAUAAGCGAACCCGCAACACUCGUGUUGAACACCGCCCGGAGAGGCAGGUUCGGAGCAAGAAACGGGAUUAUGAAAGGCUUGGUUGAUCUACUUCGCGCUAGAUUGUGAAGAAACCAUUAGAAGUACGAUGAGUCUCUUCAUUAGUGUGUGUGGCGAAGGGUAAUGUAAGUUGAAGAGAAGAAGAAAAGAAAGGAAAGGGAAAUUUUUC